CCUGUUUACCUUUCUUGUCAGCCCAUUUUUUCUCAUAAGUCACUACUAUACAAUCACCAGCCAUUAGCUGGAGCUGCAAAUGCUUCGAGUGAGGGGGUGGUGUCAAUUAUCAAUAUUGAAGAUUUCAAUGAAAAAGAUUGGUCAUUUCUUGAUUCAGAUGAGUUAAAUUCUGAUCAAGCUAAACAGAAUAUCGAACGCAUCACAUCCACUGGAAAUAUAUCGGACACUUCUAGGGUUCUAGUUUCGGUCGGUUCGGAAGGAUUUGUGGAUUAUCUAGUUGAAUCUUCACCUACCCAAUUGUUGCUUGUAGUCCAUGAUUCUAUAUUUGUGUUAGCCAUGAUUAAAGAAAAAUAUGAUGAGGUUAACUGUUGGCAAGGGGAAUUGAUUUAUGUGCCUGAGAAAUGGUCGCCAUUGGAUGUUGUAUUUCUUUAUUUCCUGCCUGCUGUGCCUUUCGAACUCGAUCAGAUCUUUGCAGCAAUGGCUAAACGUUGUUCAUCAGGUGCAAGAGUGGUGAUUAGCUAUCCCCUAGGAAGGGAAAAGCUAGAGCAGCAACGGAAACAGUUCCCUGACCUUAUAAUCGGAAACUUGCCGGAGAAAAAGCCGUUACAGAAAGUUGCAGCUGAUCAUUCCUUUGAGAUUACUGAAUUUAUAGAUGACCCUGGAUUUUAUCUUGCUGUUUUGAAAUUUUCCGAACAGUUAACUUUUUUCUUUUUGGAUUUGUGCCUAGAACUAUGGUCUUCAUUGUUGAAUCAAAUCUUUGGGGUUUUACAGAUUGUGGUUCCCAGGUGAAAUUUGAACUCCUCC